AAAAAUUAUCCUCAGUUUAAAGAAUAAAAGCGAAAAAGCCAGAUCCCCCUGCUGGGCUUUAGAAUUUCUGCAUUUUGUUUUUUCGCGAUUGUCUGUGACUUGGAAAUAGUUUUCUAGAAAAAUAAAAAAAUGUCGUUGGGUGUUCCUGUUAAAGUAUUACAUGAAGCUGAAGGACAUAUAGUCACUUUAGAAACUAAUACGGGAGAAGUUUAUCGUGGCAAGUUAUUGGAAGCUGAAGACAAUAUGAAUUGUCAGAUGUCGGGAAUAACGGUAACUUACCGAGACGGUCGUGUUGGUCAACUAGAAAAUAUCUAUAUUCGAGGAAGCAAGAUAAGAUUUUUAAUUUUGCCUGACAUGCUAAAGAAUGCACCUAUGUUCAAAAAAGCUGGUCCUAGAUUAGGUGCUGUUGCAAGUGGGAGAGGAAAAUCUGCAAUUUUGCGAGCACAGGCGGCAAGAGGAAGAGGCCGUGCCAGAUCGUUGUUUCAACGACGUAAAUAACUCAUCUCUUCAUCAUUUAUGUAUAUCUUCUGUAAUCUUCAUUAAAGUGUUUUAGCAUUUUCUUA